GUGGCUCUGAUCUACAUGUUCCUGGGAGUCUCCAUUGUGGCUGAUCGCUUUAUGGCAUCUAUAGAAGUGAUUACAUCGCAAGAGAAAGAGAUUACCAUCAACAAGCCUAACGGAGAGACAAGCACCACUGUGGUUCGAGUCUGGAAUGACACCGUGUCCAACUUGACCCUCAUGGCUCUGGGCUCAUCCGCUCCCGAAAUCAUGCUGUCCCUAGUUGAAGUGUGCGGCCAUGGGUUUAAAGCCGGUGAGCUGGGCCCCAGCACAAUUGUGGGCAGUGCUGCUUUUAAUAUGUUUGUCAUUAUUGCCAUCUGUGUGUAUGCCAUUCCCGAUGGUGAAACCAGGAAAAUUAAGCAUCUGCGUGUGUUUUUUGUCACAGCUGCUUGGAGCAUCUUUGCCUACAUCUGGCUGUACAUGAUUCUCGCUGUCUUUUCGCCAGGCAUUGUGCAGGUGUGGGAAGGACUGGCCACCUUUUUGUUUUUCCCAGUUUGUGUCCUGCUGGCCUGGAUUGCCGACCGGAGGCUCCUCUUUUAUAAGUACAUGCACAAGAAGUAUCGCACCAACAAGAACCGAGGCCUGGUCAUCGAGACUGAAGGUGAGCCUCCCAAAGGCAUCGAGAUGGACGGCAAGCUGGUCAACUCGCACUUCACCGAUGGGAUGCUGGUCAGUUUGGAAGGGAAAGAAGUGGACGAGUCUCGCAAGGAGAUGAUCCGCAUCCUUAAGGAGCUGAAGCAAAAGCACCCUGAAAAAGAGCUGGAUCAACUGGUGGAGAUGGCGAACUACCACGCGCUUUCUCAUCAGCAGAAAAGUCGGGCCUUCUACCGUAUCCAGGCCACCAGGAUGAUGACUGGGGCAGGCAACAUCCUGAAAAAGCACGUAGCCGAGCAGGCCAAACGGAGCACAAGCAUGCACGAGGUGAGGGCGGAAACACCUGACGACCUCUGCUCCCGCAUCUACUUUGACCCCUGCGCUUACCAGUGCCUGGAGAACUGUGGCGCUGUUUCGCUGACGGUCGUGCGCAAAGGCGGUGACGUCUCCAAAACGGUGGUGGUGGACUACAAGACGGAGGAUGGUUCGGCCAACGCCGGCGCAGAUUAUGAGUUCAGUGAAGGGACCCUGGUGUUCAAGUCGGGGGAAACACAGAAGGAAAUCAUAGUCGGCAUCAUUGACGAUGACAUCUUUGAGGAAGAUGAGCAUUUCUUUGUGCGCCUCAAUAACAUCAGAGUGUUGGAGCUGGAAGAUGCUCUCGAGCCGAAUAACGUGCCCUAUCCGAAAGCUUUAAUUGUUGCCCCAUUAGUUGCAACAGUGACUAUUUUAGAUGACGACCACGCGGGUAUCUUUACCUUUGAGAGUGAUGUCGCCCAUGUGAGUGAGAGCAUUGGUGUGAUGGAAGUGAAAGUUUUAAGAACAUCUGGGGCACGCGGGACAGUCAUUGUCCCCUUUAGAACAAUAGAAGGGACAGCCAAAGGGGGCGGAGAAGACUUUGAGGACACUUAUGGAGAGCUGGAAUUUAAAAACGACGAGACCCUCAAAAGAGCUCAGAUCAAAAUAAUUGAUGAUGAGGAAUAUGAAAAAAACAAGAGUUUCUUCAUUGAGCUGAUGGACCCCCGCAUGGUGGAUAUGAGUUCACAGAAAGCGCUCUUGUUGGCACAGGAGGACACCGGCAGGAAGCUAUCGAUUGAAGAGGAGGAGGCAAAACGGAUUGCAGAAAUGGGGAAACCCAUUUUGGGCGAGCAUCCAAAACUGGAGGUCAUCAUUGAAGAAUCCUAUGAAUUCAAGAGCACAGUGGACAAGCUCAUAAAGAAGACGAACCUUGCACUCGUGGUGGGGACACAUUCCUGGCGGGAUCAGUUCAUGGAGGCCAUCACAGUCAGUGCUGCAGGCGAUGAAGAGGAUGAAGACACGGGAGAGGAACGGCUGCCUUCAUGUUUUGACUACGUGAUGCAUUUUCUGACCGUCUUCUGGAAGGUCCUGUUUGCCUGUGUGCCUCCCACUGAAUACUGGAAUGGAUGGGCCUGCUUUGUUACGUCCAUUAUCAUCAUUGGCCUCCUAACAGCCGUCAUUGGUGACCUGGCCUCUCACUUUGGCUGCACGAUUGGCCUGAAGGAUUCAGUCACAGCUGUGGUAUUUGUAGCUCUUGGCACUUCGGUACCAGAUACCUUUGCCAGCAAAGUGGCAGCCGUCCAGGACCACUAUGCCGACGCCUCCAUUGGAAAUGUCACUGGAAGCAAUGCAGUCAAUGUUUUCCUGGGCAUUGGAUUGGCAUGGUCCGUUGCUGCCAUCUACUGGGCGUCCCAGGGCAAGGAGUUCCACGUCGAUGCAGGCACUUUGGCGUUCUCUGUCACUCUCUUCACCAUCUUCGCUUUCGUCAGCAUCAGCAUCCUGCUGUACAGGAGGCGGCCGCACAUCGGGGGAGAGCUCGGUGGCCCGUGGGGACCUCGCGUUGUCACCGCCAUGUUAUUUGGAGGAUUGUGGUUACUGUACAUUCUGUUUUCUUGUUUGGAAGCCUACUGCUACAUCAAGGGGUUCUAA